GAGCCUGGUCAAUGGAACUUUUCCCGAAAUAAAAGACAGAAUGUUUUCUCACCUGCCUUCCUUACAGUUGCUGCUGCUGAAUUCUAACUCGUUUACCGUCAUAAGGGACGACGCCUUCAGUGGGCUUUUUCAUCUGGAGUACCUAUUUAUCGAAGGGAAUAAAAUUGAAACCAUUUCGAGGAACGCUUUUCGUGGUCUUCGAGACUUGACUCAUCUCUCUCUCGCCAAUAACCAGAUUAAAGCUUUGCCAAGGGACAUCUUCAGCGAUUUGGAUUCUCUGAUCGAACUAGACUUGAGGGGAAACAGGUUUGAGUGCGACUGCAAAGCCAAGUGGCUGUUUUUGUGGUUAAAGAUGACAAACUCCACCGUUUCCGAAGUCCUGUGUGUUGGUCCGGCAGAAUUUCAAGACAAGAAAUUAAACGACGCCUUGAGCUUUGACGAUGAAUGCACCACUACAGAUUUUGUUGUCCAUCAGAUUUUGCCCUAUCAAUCAGUGUCGAUUGACACAUUCAACUCUAACAACGAUGUCUAUGUUGCCAUCGCACAACCCAAUAUGGAAAACUGCAUGGUGCUA